AUGCCGCUGCUAUUUUUCCAGCACGUUUACUAUCAGAGUAUUGGCUCGGAUUUUGACCACACUUUAAUCGUCAUGUCUUCGCUCUUAGCUGAUAGGAAGGCCAUCUUGCAGGCAGUGCACACAGCCACGGAAGACUUGGGAUUUUGUCGCAACCGCGUCUGGGCGGUCGCCAAGACCCUACCAGGAGGUGCUGAGCAAUUUCCGAAAAUACUCCCUCCGCGAGAGAGACUAUCCCACAAAGAAACAAGGGAAGACCAUGAGCUUUGUACUUUCGACUUCUGCGAGCAAUCUCGAGUUAAUUUCACCCUGGUGAAACAGCGCCACGAGGGAUUUUGUGAAGAAGCACGCUGCAAGGCUAAAAGAUUUGAUCUAAAUUAUGUGGCAAAAGCUGUCGACAAGGGGCAGCGCACAGUGUGGGACUUGGAGGGGAUUGAAACUCUUCAGCGUAACGAGCGCUAUAUGGCAAUCUCUCAUGUGUGGUCGGAUGGCACUGGCGCCGGAAAUCAAGCUCGCGGUCAUGUGAAUAUCUGUUUACUGGAAUUCUUUCGGGGAUUUGCUGAGAAAUUCGGUUGCCAGGGUAUAUGGUGGGAUACAAUCUGCAUUCCAACAACGAAAGACCUUCGUGAAAAAGCCUUAAAACGAAUGCAGGAUAACUAUAUGAACGCGGCGGUGACACUAGUGCACGAUUGCUUUCUUAGAGAGUGCGAAUGGAUCGAUGCAGAUUCGGCAUGCUUUUACAUCGUCAUGUCUCCGUGGUUCAGCCGAGGCUGGACGGCAUUGGAGUUGCAAAUGUCCCACAAAGUCCAAGUCAUUUUUAAAGGUCCUAGUGGUCCAAUCACGAAAGACAUAGACAAAGACAUAUUACAAGCAAAAAGCCCUUCCAUUUUUCACGAGAAUAAGGUCGCGAAAGGGAUACUUAAAAGACUUCGGGGGAACAAAGUUAGCCAACUGAAUGACCUUUUGGCUAUUCUCGGUUCACGCCACACAUCUUGGCCGAGGGACAUGGCGAUCAUUUCAGGACUUAUGAUUGGAAUCGAAAUGCCAGACAAUUACGCCCAUCAGAAGAUUUACCAAGAGAUUCUGCAGAAAAUUAGCACAAUAUCGCAUGCGCAUCUGUUCCACAAUUCAGCGACCAUGACAAAUGGAUACAACUGGUGUCCCACAAACCUCUAUGAUCUACCUGUUACACUCUCAAAGCACAACCUCCAGAUCGAAGAGAAUGGAAAUUUGUUUGGCAAAUGGAAUUUUAUACUUCUCGAUGACAUCAAAGACAAAAGGUUCAUCUCAGGUCAUGCCCAUCCGCUGAUAGAAGCAAAAGUUCUCCUCGCUCGGGAAGACGAAGAAGACCAACAUCUCUUACUUAUCGAGCCUGGCCUCAAUUCUCAAGAGACCGGAAUAAGCAGAGGUCUUCUAGUCAAGCCUUCAGUUAAACCCGAUAAAAAUUUUCUUGACUGUUAUUGCGAUUAUGUUGGUCCUGUUUAUUUUGACCCGCCGUUGAUAGAAUCAGAGAUCAAGGGCUUUCAUCGGACUUUAUUAUUCAACUUUCACGUUGGAUACGACGAGACGUGUCACAAUGGCAGCUAUCAAAACACCCAGCUGAAAAAGAGUGCCCGGGGUAUGAUCGAGGACAUGAUGAAAUGUCCCCCAAACCUGGAAUAUAGGAAACGACAAACUAAUUUGAGAACGGUUAACCUUGCUACAUGGGACCAAUUGAGAAUACGAGAUGAAUUUAUAAAGGCUGUCGUUGAUGGCAAGCAUGAAAAGGUCGAGGAGCUCCUGAAGAAGGUAGACGAACCAGAUCAGGCUGAUGACUCUGGGUGGUCCGCACUACAUCAUGCCGCUUGGCGUGGCCAUGAAGGGGUAGCCAGGCUACUUAUGAAAAGUUGUUCUCUUCAAAAAAGGAGUGCCCGGGGCGAGGAACCACUUCACCUCGCAGCGGAACGUGGCUUCAAAGAACUCGUGGAUAUGCUGCUGGAAGGUUCUACCCGUGACUUGCCGCGAGGUGAUGGAUUGAAUGCCUUACACCUAGCGGCGAGAAAUGGCUUCACCAGAAUCGUGGAUACAUUGUUACAAGAGCAUUGGGAAAUCAACGCAAGUGAUGACAAAAAGCAAACUGCACUACAUAUGGCAUCGUUUUGGGGCCAUGAAGAUGUAGUGCAUGCUCUUAGUAAGAAAGGCGCUGAUCACACUCUCAAAGACAACGAACAGAGCACUGCUUUGUCUCUGGCAGUGUUUAACGGCUACGAACAGCCUGCGAGGUUACUAAUAGCAGCAGGAGCGGAUGUUAAUGUCCAGAAGAUGGAUUAUGUCACUCUGCUUCAUCUUGCAGUAGACCAGAUCAACAACAUAGCUCUCAAGAUACUGUGUCGCCUUGGAGCAAAUCUCGAAGCCCAAGAUAAAAUUGGCCGGACUCCGCUUCAUGACGCUGCGCGACAAGAUAAUGUCGACGCUAUCAAGAUACUCGCCGACCACAAAGGCGAGCUCGAAGCCCAAGAUAAAUAUGGGGCGACUCCACUUCAUCAUGCGGCAGUAAACAAUCAUGUUAACGCUAUCAAAAUACUCGCCGAACUCCAAGCGGAUCUCGAAGCCCAAGACAAACAUGGCCAAACUCCGCUUUACUACGCGGCGGCAAAUAAUGAGGUUGACGCGAUUAAAAUACUCGUCGAACUUAAAGCAGAUCUCGAAGCCCAAGAUGAAGGUGGCUAUACUCCGCUUUAUCGCGCGGCGGCAAACAAUCAGGUUGACGCUAUCAAAAUACUCGCCGAACUUGGGGCAGACCUCGAAGCCCGAGAUAAAUAUAGCCAGACCCCGCUUUAUCGCGCGGCAGCAAACAAUCAGGUUGACGCUAUCGAGUUACUAGCUGAACUUGGAGCGGAUUUUGAAGCCCAAGAUGAAAGUGGCCAGACUCCCCUUCAUCGUGCGGCGGCAAACAAUCGGAUUGACGCUAUCAAGAUACUCGCCGAACUUGAAGCGGAGCUCGAAGCCCAAGAUAAAUAUGGCCAGACUCCGCUUCAUCGAGCGGCGGAAUACGGGCAGGUUGACGCUAUCAAGAUACUCGUAGAAUCUAAAGCCGAGAUCGAAGCCCAAGACAAAUAUGGCCAGACUCCGCUUCAUAUAGCGGCGGAAUACGGGCAGGUUGACUCGAUUAAGAUACUUGCAGAACUUAAAGCGGAGCUCGAAGCCCAAGAUACAUCUAGCCAUACUCCGCUUCAUAUAGCGACAGAAUACGGUCAAGUUGACUCUAUCAAAAUACUCAGCAACCUGAUAGCUAGUUCUAAACAGGUAUAG